AUUUUUACGCCAGAACGUGGAACUUACACCCUCGAUUUUGUGGCUGGUUACAUUUGCGUUCGAGGCAUGUGAAGACCUGGUCAGCGACAGACAAUUCUCCAUCAUGGCGGUGGGAAUCCCCAAGCCAAUCCGCUUCCUGGCGCUGGCCACGAUGGCCCUGUUCGUCUUCCUGCUCUUCCAGAUUAUGCGGAAUCCCACAGUCGCGAAACUGCCUGAAGGACAUGCAAAGCUGGAGGACAUGGUCAGAGAUCCUAAUCUAGAUGAGACAUUAGAGCCCCCAGAACCACUACACCGAGUCUCCGGCCACAACUACGACGCAGACAACCCGAAUAGCGAUCGCAUCAAUGCCACCCUCCUUUCUCUCGUCCGAAAUAGUGAGCUGGAGCAAAUAGUAGGGAGCAUGCAAGAGCUGGAACGGACAUGGAACCACAAAUUCAACUACCCGUGGACUUUCUUCAACGAUGAACCUUUUACCGAAGAGUUCAAGAAGGCCACAGCCGCGAACACCAAGGCAGAAUGCAGAUAUUACCAGAUACCCAAGGAGCACUGGGAGAUUCCGUCCUGGAUCAACGCAGACCUAAUGAAGGAGUCGGCCAAGAUACUGGAAGAGAAGAACAUUCAGUACGCCAGCAUGAAGAGCUAUCAUCAAAUGUGCAGAUGGAAUAGUGGGUAUUUCUACAAGCACCCUGCCCUGAAGGACAUGCAGUACUAUUGGCGUGUGGAACCACAUGUCAACUUCUUCUGCGAUGUGGAUUACGACGUUUUCCGCUAUAUGCGAGAUCAUAACAAGACGUACGGCUUUACGAUCAACAUCUACGAUUCGCCGCAGUCAAUUGAGUCGCUUUGGCCUGAAACAAUCAAGUUUCUCGCUGGAAACAACAAAUAUUUGGCAAACCAUAAUGCUCUGGGCUGGUUGACAGACAAGGAACGUCGACCCGAGCACAACCAAAUUGCAAACGGCUACAGCACAUGCCACUUCUGGUCCAAUUUCGAGAUCGCAGAUAUGAACUUCUGGCGCUCCGAAGCCUAUGAAGCCUACUUUGAGCAUCUGGACCGCGCAGGAGGCUUCUUCUAUGAGCGCUGGGGCGAUGCUCCUGUGCACUCCAUCGCACUGGGACUCUUCGAGGAGCGCGAGCGGAUACACUGGUUCAAAGAUAUCGGAUACCGACACAUUCCAUUCUUCAAUUGCCCGAACUCGCCCAAGUGCAAGAAAUGCCAGGCUGGCAAGUUCUACGACGGAGAGCCAUUUUUGCAGAAGGAGGACUGUAGACCGAGCUGGUUCAAAUAUGUUGGGAAUGAGUGGGGAAAAAAGCAGGAACUGUAAGAGACGGAACUUGUGCUGGACAGAGCGGGAACACUGUAUUGCUGAGGGUUAGCGAAAGGCGUCUGGCGUUUGAGACAUAAAGACGGGCAUAUGUUUGAAAUUGAAACCAUAUUUGUACAGUAUGGAAGGACGAGGAGGUGGCUAUGUGGAAGCCGAUGUCCGACGCAGAAACGCGGGAAUCGCUCGCGAGCUGGAAGACGGCUGUUGAAUGGCGAGACCACUUGACAAGUCUGUGUUUCUAUCCGGACUGCCAGUGAUCGUCUUCUGAACGGCAGAUCUGGUAUCUGCUGCUGCAGCAGCUCUAUUACUACAACAACAUUACUACGGAGCGCAGCAGACCAAGGUGGACCGUUCACAUUCCCACGACGCUUCAUUAAGUCCAUCACGCAGUUUUCAGAGUCCGUCGCGCUGCGAGCUUGACUGUCGGAUAGCUGCGGGCGUCAGCCAUAACAUGGAGCAGAUUGACUACUCGCCGUUGUCGCCGCGACUGUUUCCAUUUUCCGUCAUCCGCAGAGCGCCGACUUUUGCCCCAUGUCAUAGCUUGUGUCCAGCCCCGUUCUUUGUCCAGCACGGCUCAGACCUGAGUAGUUCUAUCGGAGUGGCGACGGUCGACUGCGAGAGAGCUAUCCUCGAAUCCUUCGUCAUCAAAGUCGAAGCGAUAGUUCUCGUCCGUUCCCGGCGCAGAAGCGCGCCAGUCAGGAUCAUAGUAGCACGACGUCGGGCACAAGCAGGGUGGUGGACUGUUUGCGAUGUCAGCAGUGGCGACAAGAGCAAUCUAGAACGAUGUGGCUGGUAUCAAGGAGGUAGACUUACACCUGCUCUCUGUUGAGUGUCUCUAACUCUUUGAGCUUUUCCUGGACUUGAGCAAGCUGGCUCUCGCGCGCUCUCUUAUUGCGAAAGAUCUCGAGCCAUUUGGUCCUAGUCACGGUCUUCACGUAUCCAGUGACAUUCACGGUCGGAAUGUGUUGAAUGUACGGGAAGGCUGCGGUGAGGAUCCAAUCGAUCAUGGUCUUACGACAGGGAAACCGAUGAACUUGGGCAUAUUUGUCGAUGUCAGGCGACGCUUCUGUCUCCCACUGCAAAUACCAGACAUUAGAUUCUUCCGGAUCAAGUGGAGCAUCAAACCAGAGCUCCAAAUACUUCAGCUGUGGUAACUGCGACAAAGCAGUCGCGUGAUUGUCUCCGUGGUCUACGAGAUGUCGCAGGCCCGGCAAGAUCAAAUGGAAGAAACAUAUGUACUCCGUAUCGCUGAAUGUAAGUUGGAGGCGGGUGAGAUCGUUCACAAAGGUAUGUGCUGGGUUGAGGGCCUCCGUGAUCACGUAGUAGUAACGCAAACUCUUGAUAGUCCCUCUUCUAA